GCUGGCACCCGGGAGCUGAGGAGGCCCGGGUUGGGAAGUUUUGCAGGCAGGUGCACGAGCCAUCUCUCUCUUAAAGUAUUUAAGAAAUGUGAAAGAACAGGGAUCGGAAUCAAGAACUGGAGAAUGGAGAGGGACCUCGAGACCAGAGGAAGGAAGGAAUCGGAUGGGGGGGGGGUGGGUGGAGGCCAAAAAGAAGGCUUUAGGAGCUUUCUUCCAACCUGGGCCUUUUUGCUGGGAUCCCUUUGCUAGAUCCCUUGGAGUUCCGUUUUCUGCGAGUUAUCACACCUUGUUGGAACUGGGACGAAGACAAAAAGAGGCGGGAUUCCAGCUUUUAAUUAACUCAAUCUGAAUACCAAGUUUUCAUCCAGAGGCAUACGUACUUAAAAUAUCAAGAGGAUCUGUAAUGCGGGACAAAUAUGUUUUAAUUAACGGGAGGAUCACCUACUGGAAACUGGAUGUGUGUUUUUCUCGAGUUGUCCUCUUGCAAUGCUCUUUGUGUCUCAUUGGUUGUAAAGAUUUAAAAUCGAUCUGGACCGCUUUUGUACUCCACUGCUGCCUAAGCACUAGGGGAAAGGGUCUGUGGCUCAUCAUAGCACAUUUACGCGUUUUUAAAGUUUCUGAUUCUUCACAUAAACACCUCUUGGCUAUGAUGAGGUCCUUCAGUAAGUACAAUUAAUCUUUGGAAAGUAGCUUCUAAUUUACAUAAUUCUUACAUCCACUAUCUUAUUUAACCUUAACCAAAAUUGGGUAUAGCCCCUGGGAGAAGCUCCAUUUUAUUUAUAAGGAAACUGACUGUGGGAAAGUUUCUAAGUCUCUAUGGGUGCAAAUGGGAGGAUGAGAUUAUCUUCAUGCUUCAAAUUCAUAUAAUGAUACUUUGUCCAACAUUCUUCUUUCCAUUGAUCCCCCAAAGACUGAUAGGUGAGCAGAUAGCAUUAUCCCAGUUUUAUCAAUAGGAAAACAUGGGCUAUGAUCUUGCAGAGCUAAAAAGGCCUGGAACUGGAGGUCCCCAGGCUAGACUCUGUCUCCAGAGGUCCACAGGUCAGUCCUCAUUGCACCAAGUCUGAUUGUUUGCUGUGGAAAAAAUUUAAAUAUACACCGUUGAAGUGAAAGAAAGAGGGAAAGAAAUAAACUCCUUUAUUAGGUGUCUCUCUCUUCUUUUGGCACUUUUUUAUCCUGUGAGAAGACACUAUAGUAAAAGCACCCCUGAAAGGUUUUAGGGAAAAGCAAUUUAAAAUUAGAAACUUGAGUCUUAUUGAGUUAUCUGUAGUACUGUUGGAGAAGAUGGGCCAGUGAAGGGACAUGACAAGGGAAGUGAGAUGGUGAAACAAAAAUAAAUGAAAGCAGGCUGUGGUCUGGAGUCCCAAAGUGAAAUUUAAGGUGCCACGCUCUUAAAAAUUAAAUUCAAAGAUUCAGUACAUGACUUUGGCCCUAUUCAAUGACCCUGUGUUUUAAGAACUAUCUUUGGAAAGGAACAUUUCAAACUCCACCCCCCACCACCACCAAAAAAAAAAAAAAAAAAAAAAAAAAAAAUUACUGCAUGCCUCCCAGCUUUUCUGUUAAAUGAUGAAAGACACCCAACACCGGGCCUAACUACAGUCACCCUCUCCUGGCCCUUUGGCAGCCGAAAGGCCACAUGGCCAGGGCUCAGCAGCAUCUCUGAGUAGCGGGACUUGGACAAAAGUCAGGAAUUUGGCUACUUCUCCCCAUUGGCACAUAUGAUCUCUUGGGAAAACGCGCAGAUCAGACGGUGGGUUGCUCUUCAUCCCUGGCAGCAGCUGUUACAGAAAAGAUUGAGAAAGACCCGGCCUGGAUGGAGGCAAAAGGCUCCGAGGCUCCCCUCCCCCAGCAGCUGGCCAAGCUCAGGGCCACGGCGGGAACACCACGCGUCCACGUGCACCAGGCAUGCCCAGCCACCCUUCUUACGUAAGAGCCCUGAUACGGAGUUGCGGCUGCUGCUGGUCCCUUUUCCCCGACGGCUAAUAAUAAACGAGUUCGUAGUUUCUGCGCCACGGCACUAUCGAUUCAGGGUUGGGGGCUCCGUUUGCAACCAGGGUGCAUUUCGGUCAUCCCACUCCGGGAGCGUGUGCCUGGCCCACCCAAACCAGCAGGCCAGCCCGCCCUCUGGCCGGUCCGGACGCCGGCAUCUUUGCCCGCUCAGUGUCCGGCCCUCCCCCAACUGGCCUGCUCUGCUCUCGGGGCUGGCGGGGUGCGGCUGCUCCCUCCCUCCUCUGCCCUGCCCUGCCCUGCGGGGCCCGGGGCGGCCCGGCCAGGGCGCCCUCCCUCCGCCCGGGUAUCAGGCGAGAGGCGGAGCUGGCCCGGCGCGCCCCGCCCUCGCUGUAGAAGGGGCCAGGAGAGUGUUACUCGCGGUCAUCCCGGCCUGGGCCUUUUAUCUUGGCGCUGCCGGGGAGGCGGGAGGAGGAGACACCGGGGGUGGCCCUUGAGC